AUGAAGGUCGCAGUCGUCGGUUCUGGUGUCUCUGGUCUUGCGGCUACUUGGGCUUUGAAUGAGCAUAGCGACCAUGAGGUCCACCUUUACGAGUCUGACUCUCGCACGGGUGGACAUGCAAAUACGUACCAAUUCAUGCCUCAGGACGUCAAGUCACCCAAGAAAGUGGACGUCGACACCGGCUUCAUCGUUUUCAAUCCAUCCACAUACCCCAAUUUCAUCAACUUCCUCAACCUCCACCCCGACAUCACCAUCCUUCCCACCGAGAUGACCUUCUCUGUGUCACGAGACAACGGCUUGUUUGAGUGGGCCGGUAAUAAUCUCUCUACUGUCUUCUGCCAGCCGUAUCGCCUUCUUGACCCAAACAUGUGGCGGCUCGUGUAUGACGUCCUGCGCUUUAACGCUUGUUCGCGGAGGGCUAUCACUCGUGGAGCUAGUGGCCAGGAGCUAUCUAUAGGAGAAUACCUCGAGAGAGAAGGAUACUCAGAUUCGUUUCGCGAUAACUACCUUAUACCCAUGACAGCCGCAAUAUGGAGCACGCCACCGGACAAGUGCUCCCUAGACUUCCCUGCCGACACUUUGAUCCAAUUCCUGAGCAACCACCACCUGCUCCAAGUCACGGGGAAGCCCUCCUGGCUCACGAUCGACGGUGGAAGCCGCAAGUACGUCGACGCAAUCAUCAGCAAGCUCCCUCCAUCACAGCUGCACAUCAACACGCCCGUUGUGGCGCUCAGCACACGCGGGAGCUCCGCUGAACCGGGACCAGUGGAGCUCAGGACUGCAGAUGGGCGCACGGAGAUAUACGACCGCGUUAUCCUGGCAUGCCACUCGGACACGGCUCUGGCCAUCCUCAAUGCCGGCGAGGGUGUGACGUCCGAAGAGAAGAAGAUCCUGGGCCGCUUCUCGUGGAACCGCAACGAGGUCGUGUUGCAUUCCGAUCCCAAGUUCAUACCGCGCAGCCGCAUUGCGCGGGCGUGCUGGAAUUAUUUGACCUUCUCUGAGGUGGACGAGAAGGGAAUGCGCAAGACGAACGUCGACAAGGUGUCCCUAACCUAUGAUAUGAACGAACUGCAGCACAUCUCGGAGAAAGAUCACGGCCUCAUCCUCGUUACACUUAAUCCACCGUCGGAGCCCGACCCCGCACGAACGAUCACCCGCGUCAAGUACGACCACCCCAUCAUCGACGCAAAGGCCGUCCUCUCCCAAACCGAGAUCUCCACCAUCCAGAACUCGCGCGGCAUCGCCUACGCGGGCGCCUGGCUGCGCUACGGUUUCCACGAGGACGGCUUCCUGUCCGGGCUGCGCGCCGCGACCGAGCACGUCCCCGGCGCGCGCCUCCCGUUCGUGGUCCAGACGCCCGGCCGCAGACCGGACGAAGUGUUCGCUGCGUCCUUGUUCGACCUCUUCGAGGGCACGGGCCUGCGCGUAGUCGUCGGCACGGUGCUCGCGCUGGGGCUGAGGGUGCUGCAGGUGUUUGCGAGACCGUUCUGUUCAAAGAUUGCGACCAUGUAGAGCGAAAUAAUUGGAUCGAUUGCAAGAGGCUACUGUUUAGAGCUGCUAGAUGGUAUUCUAUGGGAACUCAAC